UAAGACACAAGUACACACAAUUUGGAAGAGCUUCCUAGCAGAAAGCACAACAAUGGCUUUGCUACCGGUCCCAUAUACAAAACACGUAUCCUUGUCUGUUGGUUCUUCAGUGAAAAUCAAAGGGACAUCUGCCAUGCCUUUCAGUAUGGACCCAGAUAUGCAGGUGGAUUUCCACACUGGAAAUGAAAUUAACUCAGGCAUCGCCUUCUGUUUCCGCGUGUACUUUGGCCCAAACAAAGUGGUGAUGAACACCCGUCAGGGUGGGAUAUGGGGUGAUGAGGAGACAUCGACUGUUAUGCCCUUUGAGGAUGGCCAAUCCUUUGAACUGGACAUCUCGGUGCUGGCAAAGGAGUACCACGUAUCAGUAAAUGAUGCCCAAUGCUACCAUUUUCGCCAUCGAAUUGAGCCAGGAUCUGUGAAGAUGGUUCAAGUGUGGAGAGAUGUCUCCCUGACCUCAGUGAUUGUCGCUUAGAGAAGGAUGUGACCAACCCUCCCCAUUGUCAAGGAGAUCCCUCCACCUAAGUGAUCCUGUGAUUC